AUGGAGUCGUCAAAGACCUCAUCCCUGCUGAGCGCCCACUGUAAGAGGCAACACUACUGGCGCGUCCGUAGAAAACUACGACCGGCCCGGAUCCUCACCUUCACCCUGGGCCUCUUGGGCCUCACUGCAGUGUUCUCCUGGAGUGCCUUGUCCUGGACCGGUGUCACCCAGGGAAUGUGGUCCACCAACACGACGACAGCGCACCCCACAGACCAAGGUCAAGGAGGAGGACAGUCCAAGACAGCUGUGCCCCAAAGAACUCUGCUGUCAUCCAAGCCAGGGAUGAGGGCCGAAGAGGAUAUGCCCAUAGCGAUGCGCUCGUCCAUGGAGGAGAUGAACCAUGGGGACUAUCCAACGGAUUUGUUCAGCCUUGAGCAAAGGCGCCAAGGAGCAGUGUCUUUUCACAUGUUCGGCAUGCUGUACAUGUUCAUCGCCUUAGCCAUUGUGUGCGACGAAUUCUUUGUGCCAGCGCUGACUGUGAUCACAGAGAAGCUCGAAAUCUCAGACGACGUGGCCGGAGCCACAUUCAUGGCGGCGGGCGGCUCUGCCCCGGAACUCUUUACCUCCGUGAUUGGCGUUUUCGUCUCCCACAGCAACGUGGGCAUUGGAACGAUCGUGGGGUCGGCCGUGUUCAACAUCCUGUUUGUCAUCGGGAUGUGCGCCAUCUUCUCCAGGGAGAUCCUGAACCUGACCUGGUGGCCUCUGUUCAGGGAUGUGUCCUUCUAUAUCAUUGGCUUACUGAUGCUGAUCUAUUUCUUUCUGGAUAACCAAAUCACCAUCGAUGAGAGUAUCAGCUUGCUGUUGUGCUACUUUGCGUAUGUCACCUUCAUGAAGUUCAACGGCAGCGUGGAGCAGGUUAUCAAGAGCAGGCUGGGAGGGAACCAGGUGGACGAGAUCGAGGCGGCCCCCAAGGCAAUCGAACCCAGUGAUGAUGAGAACAAGUUGACGGCUAAGCCCAGACUGCAGAGAGAAGGAAGCUGUGCCUCGCUGCACAACACCCUGAUGAGGAACAGCAUCUUCCAGCUGAUGAUCCAUACCCUGGACCCCCUCCACGAGGGUAAUGACGGUCGGUUCAAGGAGAAAGCCUCCAUUCUCCACAAGAUGGCCAAGAAGAAAUGCAAAGAUGAUGGUGCCAACGGUAUUUCAGAGAGGAACAUCCCUAACAGCUCCAACGUGGCGGUGGAGGUCACUCCUCCCAUGAAUGGCACCGUAGGAGGAGAAGAGGAAGAGGAGGAGGAUGAGGACCAGCCUCUGAGUCUGGCAUGGCCAGAGACCAACCGCAAACGUGUGACGUAUCUCCUCAUCCUGCCCAUCAUUCUCCCGCUCUGGCUCACUCUGCCCGACGUCAGGAGAGAAACGUCAAAGAAGUUUUUCCCCAUCACCUUCAUUGGCUCCAUCACCUGGAUCGCAAUCUUCUCCUACCUCAUGGUGUGGUGGGCUCACCAGGUUGGAGAAACGUUCUGGGUGACGGAGGAGAUCAUGGGUUUGACCAUCCUUGCAGCUGGGACCUCCAUCCCUGACCUCAUCACCAGCGUGAUCGUGGCCAGGAAGGGGCUGGGCGACAUGGCCGUGUCCAGCUCCGUGGGCUCAAACAUCUUCGACAUCACCGUGGGCCUGCCGUUCCCCUGGCUGCUGUGGACUCUGUUGAACAACAUAAGCCCGGUGCAGGUGAGCAGCAACGGCCUGUUCUGUGCCAUCGUGCUGCUCUUCCUCAUGCUCCUGUUCGUCAUCAUCUCCAUCGCGGCUUGCAAGUGGAGGAUGAGCAAGGUUCUGGGCAUGCUCAUGUUCAUGCUGUACUUCGUCUUCCUCAUCGUCAGCGUGAUGCUGGAGGACAAGAUCAUCGUCUGCCCUGUGUCCAUCUGAGGACGACACGCACACACGCAGGCGCGCACGCACAUACACACGUAUACAUAUUUACACACACA